AUCAUCUCCCACAUUAAGACAGUGAGGAGCCUCCACAUCAUGUGCCACAUUCCAGUCUUCUGCUGGAUCUCAGCCACUGUUCUUCAGAGAAUCAUGAAACAGCCUCAUACAGAAAUCCCUAAAACUCUGACUGAAAUGUACUCACACUUCCUGCUCACUCAGACCAACAUGAAGAACGAGAAGUAUGAGGAGAAAGACGAGAGAGACCCAAAGAACCUGCUGGAGUCCAACAGAACCAUGAUACUGAAACUGGCUGAACUGGCUUUCAAACAGCUGAUGAAGGGCAAUGUGAUGUUCUAUGAAGAGGACCUGAGAGAGAGCAGCAUUGAUGUCACUGAGACCUCAGUGUAUUCUGAGAUUUUCACUGAGAUCUUUAGGGAGGAAUGUGUGCUUCACCAGAGGAAGGUCUACUGCUUUGUUCAUCUGAGCUUUCAGGAGUUUCUGGCUGCUGUUUAUGUGUUUCACUGCUAUGAGAUCAAAAACAUGAAGGAACUGGAGAUAUUUAACCCAUGGGACAGUAAGUGGUCUAAGAAUAUUCCACUGGAUGAGCUGCUGGAGGGAACAGUGGAUACAUCUGUAGAGAGUCAGAAUGGACACCUGGAUCUUUUCCUCCGUUUCCUGCUGGGCAUCUCACUGGAGUCCAAUCAGAGACGCCUACAGGGUCUACUGACCCCAACACAGAGCAGCUCAGAGAGAACCAGAGAGCACAUCAAGAGUUUAAUCAGAGGAAAUCAAAUCUCCACUGAGAGAUCCAUCAAUCUGUUCCUCUGUCUGUCUGAAGUGAAUGACCAGUCUGUCUCCAGAAAGAUUCAGGAGAAUCUAAACUCAGAGAGACACUCAGAGGAGAAACUCUCUCCUGGACAGUGUUCAGCACUAGCCUGCAUGAUCCUGAGCUCAGUGGAGGUUCUGGAUGAGCUGGACCUGAAGAAGUACAACACAUCAGAGGAGGGUUAUAGGAGACUGAUCCCAGCUGUGACUGUCUGCAGGAAAGCUCGGUUAAAGUGCGCAGGAUCUCCUCAACCCAGCUGUGUGUCUAUGAAGAGUGACUGGUCCAUGCCUGAGCAUCCUGGAUUCAGCAGAGGAGGAGGAGAACCCAGCCGUGUGUCUAUGAAGAGUGACUGGUCCAUGCCUGAGCAUCCUUCAUUCAGCAGAGGAGGAGGAGAACCCAGCUGUGUGUCUAUGAAGAGUGGCUGGUCCAUGCCUGAGCAUCCUUCAUUCAGCAGAGGAGCUGUACCCUCUGAGUCAGAGCUGAGCUCCACAGAACCUGCACUGCAGAUAAACACUCUGUUGGAGGGAACUGGAGACCUGAAUCAGGAUUCUUACCAACCAGUGGAUGAUGAUCUACACAGAGUCUUACAGAGACACAAAACCAGCAUGAAGAACAAGUACGAGAGCUUAUUUGAGGGAAUCAGAACAGAAGAGAAUAAAACCCUCCUGAACAGGAUUUACACUCAGCUCUACAUCAUAGAGGGAGAGAGUGAAGGAGUGAAUGAAGAACAUGAGGUUCUACAGAUGGAGAAAACACCCAGGAGACACUUACAAGACUCUCCAAUCAACUGCUUAGACAUCUUUAAACCUCUACAAGGUCCUGAAGGAGAAACACGAGAAGAGACCAUUAGAGCUGUGAAGGCUGACAGACUCAGACACAGAGAAAGAGAAGAUCACAGACCAGAAGAGCCAGAGCUCAGAGCUGUUCUGACUAAAGGCAUCGCUGGAAUUGGAAAAACUGUCUCUGUGCAGAAGUUCAUUCUGGACUGGGCUGAAGGAAAAGCCAAUCAGGAUGUAGAGCUCAUGACUGUGCUUCCGUUCCGGGAGCUGAACCUGAUUAAAGAUGAUCAAUACAGUCUUCAUGGACUUCUGUGUGACUUCCAUCCUGAGCUCAAAGAUCUGGACCCAGAGAUUUAUGAUCAGAUCAAAGCUGUGUUUAUAUUUGAUGGUCUGGAUGAAAACAGAAUUCCACUGAACUUUGAACAGUGUGAGGAAGUAUCUGACAUCACCAUGACAUCAUCAGUGGGAGUGUUGAUGACUAACCUCAUCAAAGGAGAGCUGCUUCCCUCUGCUCUGAUCUGGAUCACCUCCCGACCAGCAGCAGCCAAUCAGAUCCCUCCUAAAUACAUCAACCGUGUGACAGAGAUUCAGGGAUUCAGUGACCCACAGAAGGAGGAGUACUUCAGGAAGAGGAUCAGUGAUGAAGACCAAGCCCAGAAAAUCAUCUCCCACAUUAAGACGGUGAGGAGCCUCCACAUCAUGUGCCACAUUCCAGUCUUCUGCUGGAUCUCAGCCACUGUUCUUCAGAGAAUCAUGAAACAGCCUCAUACAGAAAUCCCUAAAACUCUGACUGAAAUGUACUCACACUUCCUGAUCACUCAGACCAACAUGAAGAACGAGAAGUAUGAGGAGGAAGACGAGAGAAACCCAAAGAACCUGCUGGAGUCCAACAGAACCAUGAUACUGAAACUGGCUGAACUGGCUUUCAAACAGCUGAUGAAGGGCAAUGUAAUGUUCUAUGAAGAGGACCUGAGAGAGAGCAGCAUUGAUGUCACUGAGGCCUCAGUGUAUUCUGGGAUUUUCACUGAGAUCUUUAGGGAGGAAUGUGUGCUUCACCAGAGGAAGGUCUACUGCUUUGUUCAUCUGAGCUUUCAGGAGUUUCUGGCUGCUGUUUAUGUGUUUCACUGCUAUGAGAUCAAAAACAUGAAGGAACUGGAGAUAUUUAACCCAUGGGGCAGUAAGUGGUCUAAGAAUAUUCCACUGGAUGAACUGCUGGAGGGAGCAGUGGAUACAUCUGUAGAGAGUCAGAAUGGACACCUGGAUCUUUUCCUCCGUUUCCUGCUGGGCAUCUCACUGGAGUCCAAUCAGAGACUCCUACAGGGUCUACUGACCCCAACACAGCGCAGCUCAGAGAGAACCAGAGGGCGCAUCAAGAGUUUAAUCAAAGGAAAUCAAACCUCCACUGAGAGAUCCAUCAAUCUGUUCCUCUGUCUGUCUGAAGUGAAUGACCAGUCUGUCUCCAGAAAGAUUCAGGAGAAUCUAAACUCAGAGAGACACUCAGAGGAGAAACUCUCUCCUGGACAGUGUUCAGCACUAGCCUGCAUGCUCCUGAACUCAGGGGAGGUUCUGGAUGAGCUGGACCUGAGGAAGUACAACACAUCAGAGGAGGGUUAUAGGAGACUGAUCCCAGCUGUGACUGUCUGCAGGAAAGCUCGACUAGUUCACUGUAAUCUCACAAAGAAAUCCUGUGAGACUCUUUGCUCUGCUCUUCAAUCAGCAAACUCCUCCCUGAAAGAACUAGACCUCAGUAACAAUGACCUGCAGGAUUCAGGUGUGCAAGUGCUCUCUGUUGGACUGAAGAGUUCACACUGUAAACUGGAGAUACUCAGACUAGUUCACUGUAAUCUCACAAAGAAAUCCUGUGAGACUCUUUGCUCUGCUCUUCAAUCAGCAAACUCCUCCCUGAAAGAACUAGCCCUCAGUAACAAUGACCUGCAGGAUUCAGGUGUGCAAGUGCUCUCUGUUGGACUGAAGAGUUCACACUGUAAACUGGAGAUACUCAGAUUGUCUGGUUGCAUGGUUACAGCUGAAGGCUGUUCCUCUCUGGCAUCUGCUAUGAAAUCAAACCCCUCCCACCUGAGAGAACUAGAUCUGAGCUAUAAUCACCCAGGAGAGUCUGGAGUGAAGCUGCUGUCUGAUAUAAAGGAGGAUCCACACUGUGCACUGGAGAAACUCAGGGUGGAUCAUGGAGGGGAGAACAGGAUGAAACAAGGACUGAAGAAAUAUGCUGUUCGUCUCACUCUGGAUCCAAACACAGUGAACCGUGAGCUCUCUCUGUCUGAGGGGAACAGAAAGGUGACGCAGGUGGGAGAAGAUCAGUCGUAUCCAGAUCAUCCAGACAGAUUUGAUGACUGUCUGCAGGCUCUGAGUGCGGAGAGUCUGACUGGAUGCUGUUACUGGGAGGCUGAGUGGAGCUGGAGGUGGGGGGGUAUUGUAGCAGUGUCCUACAGAGGAAUCGCGAGGAAAAAAGGCAGUAGUGACUGUCGGUUUGGAAGUAAUAAUCAGUCCUGGGCUUUCAUCCACUCUAAUAACCGUUACACUCUCAGGCACAAUAAUCAGUUAACUGCCAUACCUUACCCCCCAAACCCUUCUACCAGAGUAGGAGUGUAUCUGGACUGGGAGUCUGGCACUCUGUCCUUCUACAGUGUCUCCCCUGGCACACACACACUGACCCACCUACACACACUCUACACCACAUUCACUGAGCCGCUCUACACUGGGCUUAGAGUUUAUAAUUAUGACUCAGUGAGACUGUGUUAGAUAGACUAACCUCCUGAAUUCUGGAGUAGAACUAAAACUCCAGAAACACACUACUGUACUACAUGGUAGAUUUUCUGUAAAUAAAUUAUAUAAUUAGAUUUAGGUUCACUUUAUAGUUUUAGUAAUAUACAUCACAGGUAUACUUGGACUCUUAUAGUCUUUAUGUCAUCCUCCAUCCCUAAAAUCUUGGGAUAAUUUCUGACCAAGCAAUAAAAUUCAAAAAAUAAAUUAAUAUAUGCAGUUGGAUACAUGUUUCUAAACACUGAAACAUCAAAAGUCAUCCAUCCUCUGUCUUCCUCACACUGCAGAUAUGCUUGUACAUGCUCUGCUUCUAGACCCUUAAAGUCUUCCUCCCACUGCUGUCUGUUCUUCAGUCCAGCUAAAGCUGAAGGACGAUCAUGAUUUAGUGGUUGCUGGUCAGAGACUCUUACCCAAGAUUAGGUCUGACCGGUUUACUGAAAAAGAGGAGAAUUGAUGGUGAAAAACACACAGACGUGUUAAUUAUUACAGGUCCUGCUCCUGGAUUGUACGCCCACAACACCAACAUCAUGCAGUCAUGGAUUUAUGUUCCCUGGGUUUCAGUGUCUGUGCAUGUGUUUUAAAUACUGAUAAUGAAUAAUAAAACAUACUCUAUGGAAACAUAACAUCAUUUUUUUUCUCUUUGGGCCAUCUAUAAAUCUAUAAUCUAAAUAAAAUUUUAUUUUCUCCCAAAUUUAGCUAGGUCUCCCCCAAUCUCGUGAUACUACCAGUACUAGGAGGUGAAUAUAUAAAGUGUAUAAAAAUCUAUAUUUUAAAACAUAUUUUUUUCACUUUAUAUUUACUUUAUUUUUACCCUUUUAUCUACAUAAUCUAUGUUUCAGUAUACUUUGAAAAAAUAUUUGGCUGUGCUAAUUUCUUUCUGGUGAUAUACUUCAGAAAAAUAUUUACUUAGCAAAUGUGCUUUUUUAUGAUUAAAAAGCAAUAAAAGCAAUAAAACUACUUCAAUUAAGUAUGCUUGCAAAACAUGUUGAAACAUUGUUUUUAUAAACUAUUACAAACUAUACUUCUAAUGAACUGCACUUAUGAACUGAUUCCUGUUUUGGACCUUUUGCCUGUUUUUUCUACUACGCCUUUUUGCCUCUCCCUUUUGGACUAUUCGCCUUGUGAUAUCUUCAUCUGUUUGUACUUGCUAUACCAAUUGGAUUUGAUCCCUGUCUGUUUUGUGACCAUGACUCUGGAUUCUGAAUCUCACAGUAAAGCCUCAUUUGUGUUUUCCAUC